AUGGAGGUGAUGGGCAAUAAAGCACCUGUGUCCGUACUGACAGAUGGGGAUAAGGCGAUGCGAGAGGCAAUCAGAAGAGUAUUUCCAAACGCAAGACAUCGAUUAUGUAAUUGGCAUCUUGGGAAAAAUGUUGUUUCAAAUGUUCACAUAAGUGGCUUUGCACAUGCUUUCAAGCAGUGCAUGGACAUGGAAACGGAUGAGACAAAGUUUGAGCAUGGCUGGACGACAAUGGUUGAAACAUUUGGACCUCAAACCAACAGUUGGGUGUUGGAGACAUAUGAGAAGCGUCAUAUGUGGGUUGAGGCAUAUAUGCGUGGACAUUUCUUUGCUGGAAUGAAGAGCACUCAGUGCUCGGAGUGUAUGAAUGCUUAUUUCAAUUCCUUCCUCCAACAAAAAUUGAAGCUAUAUGAAUUUGUUAGGCACUAUGAUCGGGCUCUUGCAAGGAUAAGGUAUAACGAGGCUGGAGAUGAUGUUGAAACAAAUAACACUUUUCCGGUAUUGGUUACUCCAUUGCUAGAUAUAGAGAGACAUGGAGCUGAGCUAUUCACCCGAAAUAUAUUUAGAAUGUUCCGUGAUGAAAUCUUAGAAAAGGGGAAGUUGAAUGUCAAGGAUGUGUUCCCUUUGCCGGAUGGUCAGAAAUGCUACUAUAUUCAUAAGUACAAAUUGAAGGAUAGAUCAUGGAUAGUAACACACAGUCUAGCAGAUGUUGCAAUGAGAUAUUCUUGCAUGAAGUUUGAGUCGUUGGGGCUACCUUGCUGUCACAUGAUAUGUGUUAUGAAAGCAAAAAAUUUAACGCAAAUUCCCCCAACUUGUGUGCUGCAUAGAUGGACAAGGGUUGCAAGCAAGGAUGGCCAGCAAUGGCCUCAACCCUCAAUUGAUAGCACUGCAACACAAACGGCCCGGUAUGGGAUAUUGAGUUCUUCCUACAAUGAAAUGUGUUUCUAUGCCUCGCAAUCAACGGAAGGUUUCAAAGAGGCUAGGGAUGCAUGUCUUCCAAUGACGAGCUGGAUAAAGGAGUUAUAUGAGAGGAAUCUAAACGAUGGGAAUGGAGACAAAGGGAAACAUUCAUUCCCUCGACAAUUUGGAGUAGAAGAUCCUGAUGUUGUGAAGACAAAAGGGAACCCGGGACGAGCCUCGUCCAACUGUCGAAGACCGAGAAAAUGUGGGAAUUGCAAAUGCAUUGGGCACACAAAGCGAACGUGUCCUAAGGUUCGGUUUAGCCGAACAAUGGGUAGUAACUCAGAUGCAGAUACAACCCACAUAACUGACUGUGAGUACAAUGCGGAGUCAUUGCCCAUUCGCUGCAAAACUGGGUUGGUGGAUCCAAGUACACCGCACAUUAAGCAACGGCGACUAUUUUUUGAUGCUUCUCCUGAUUGUAAGCAACCCGUUGGCCAAUACGUUAGUGUUGAAGCAGCAGUGUGCAAAAAUGAUUCGACCACAAUUGAUGAGGUGAAUCAGGUGAGAUAUAUAUGGGUUGUCUGUGUCUUGUUUUGGGUGGGAAAUUGGCUUAUGUCUGUAUUCCAAGAUUUCUAUUGUGGGUUGCUUGUUUCUGUUCCAUUUUUGGUUGGAUCUAACUGA